GUGGCGCUAUAGCCACGAAAGCGACUGGCAGUGGGCUCUGCGGCGCAGCUUCAUCUGCCGGCACCUGCACAGCUAUCCCGGGGCUGCGCUGGACCAGCUCCUUGCUCUCUCCGCUGCCUGGACCAACCACGUCUUCCUGGGCUGCAGGUACAGCCCACGUUUGAUGGAAAAAAUUCUCCAAAUGGCUGAAGGUAUUGAUAUUGGGGAGAUGCCUUCAUAUGAUCUGAUGCUAUCAAAACCUUCCAAAGGUCAAAAACGCCACCUCUCAACAUGUGACGGUCAAAAUCCUCCUAAAAAGCCAGCUGGUUCCAAAUUCCAUGCGAGACCUCGUUUUGAGCCUGUACAUUUUGUAGCUAGUAGUUCAAAUGAUGAAAGACAGCAAGAUCCUUAUGGCCCUCAAACAAAAGAGCUCAAGGAACAAACACAUUUUGUCAGCAUGCCAAGCGACACCUACCAAGAUUACACUCAGGACUCUUUCAGUAUACAUGAUGGGAAUUCUCAGUAUUGUGACUCCUCCGGAUUUAUCUUCACAAAAGACCAGUCUGUAACAGCCAACAUGCAAUUUGAUAGUGGAAGCCCUAGCCCGAGCAGCACAUCACAGCAGUCAAACUCUCUCUCACCUCCCCAGCAUUCCCCAUCACAGACAUUUCCUGACUCGGUGGUCGCCGAGAAGCAGUAUUUUAUUGAGAAACUCACAGCGACUAUCUGGAAGAACCUUUCUAAUCCUGAGAUGACUUCUGGCUCUGAUAAGAUUAAUUACACAUAUAUGUUAACUCGUUGUAUCCAGGCUUGUAAGACAAACCCUGAGUAUAUAUACGCCCCUCUGAAAGAAAUCCCUCCUGCUGACAUCCCUAAAAAUAAGAAACUGCUAAUAGAUGGUUACGCUUGUGAAGUCAGAUGCCAAAAUAUCUACUUAACCACAGGUUAUGCUGGCAGCAAGAAUGGGUCCAGGGAUCGAGCUACUGAGCUAGCUGUGAAACUCUUACAGAAGCGUAUUGAAGUUAGAGUUAUCCAGCGGAAGUUCAAGCACAUCAUUGGAGAGGACCUUGUGGUGUGUCAGAUUGGCAUGCCUUCGUAUGACUUUCCCCCGGCUCUGAAGCCACCAGAAGAGCUGGUGGUACUGGCUAAAGAUGCUUCUGGACAGCCCAUUUUUAAUGCUUCUGCCAAACAUUGGACUAAUUUUGUCCUCACGGAAAAUGCAAACGACGCAAUUGGCAUUCUUAACAAUUCUGCCUCGUACAACAAAAUGUCUGUUGAAUACAAAUACGAGAUGAUGCCAAAUCGCACGUGGCGUUGUCGAGUGUUCUUGCAAGAUCACUGUUUAGCUGAAGGUUAUGGAACCAAAAAAACAAGUAAACAUGCAGCUGCUGAUGAGGCUUUGAAGAUUCUUCAGAAAACACAGCCCACUUAUCCAUCUGUCAAAAGUUCACAGUGCCAGCCAGGCUCUUCACCCAGGGGAUCUGGGAAGAAGAAAGACAUAAAGGACCUCGUAGUGUACGAGAAUUCUUCCAAUCCUGUGUGCACACUGAACGAUACAGCUCAGUUUAACCGGAUGACAGUUGAAUACGUCUAUGAAAGAAUGACAGGCCUCCGAUGGAAAUGCAAGGUGAUUCUAGAGAGUGAAGUCAUUGCUGAAGCUGUUGGGGUGAAGAAAACUGUCAAGUAUGAAGCUGCUGGAGAAGCUGUGAAAACCCUCAAGAAGACCCAGCCAACUGUCAUUAACAACUUGAAGAAAGGAGCUAUUGAAGAUGUGAUUUCCCGAAAUGAAAUCCAGGGCCGCUCAGCAGAGGAGGCUUACAAACAGCAAAUCAAAGAAGAUAACAUCGGAAACCAGCUGCUGAGAAAGAUGGGUUGGACAGGGGGUGGGCUAGGUAAAUCUGGCGAGGGCAUACGGGAGCCUAUCUCAGUUAAAGAGCAGCAUAAGCGAGAAGGGCUUGGUCUUGAUGUAGAGAGAGUAAAUAAAAUUGCCAAACGAGAUAUUGAACAGAUCAUCAGAAACUACGCGCGUUCUGAGAGCCACACAGACUUGACUUUCUCUACAGAGCUGACUAAUGAUGAGCGGAAGCAAAUACACCAGAUUGCCCAGAAGUAUGGUCUGAAGAGUAAGUCUCAUGGGGUGGGCCAUGAUAGGUACCUAGUGGUAGGUAGGAAAAGGCGGAAGGAAGACCUGCUGGAUCAGCUGAAACAGGAAGGCCAGGUGGGGCAUUACGAGCUUGUAAUGCCUCAAGCAAAUUGAGUUCUUACUAAUUUAUUUUGUAAAUGCCUAUUGAGACCGGCUUCUAAACUAAAGAAAGAGAUACUACAUUUUUCUGGUUGCAGAGUAUAUUCAUUAAAAUGUCUCACCCUGUGCAUUUCAUAUAGUGCUUUAUUGGAUAUCGGAACCUGGAGAAUUCUGUCCACUUGUAUUAGCUUACCCCAGAUGAUGUUGUGCAGUUACUGUUUGUGUCUUUGAUAAUUGCUGUGUCCCUUGGAUUUUAGUAGUUUGAUCAAGCCAGAACACAUAUCCAAAUGAAAUUUUACUCUGAGAAAUUCUCAUUCUAAAGGGCAUAUAUAGCGCAGCAAUGUGCCACAAUCUGUAAAGUUGAUACUGCCUACAGUAAAACUAUAGUCCUCCCUCCAGUGUUACGGAGAAAGUCAGAUCAUUUUGUAAUAUCUCUUUUCAUCUCUGUGUGAAGCUAGCUCUAGAAUGUUCCACAGUGAAUUGUGCUGUACGUGUAAAUGUCCUUACCAACUAAAUGAUGUAAAGCUUUCUUAAAGUAAUUUUAGUGUUCAUUUAUUUAUAACUUCUACCAUGUGAUUUCCAGACUAUUGGUGUGAUUUACUGUAUCUUGUGAUCUAUGGGUUUUAACAAAUUCUAGUCUUCAUGCUGAGAGAGCACUACUUGAGAGAGCAAUUGAAAGGAGUCAGAACCGGAUCGCAUCUGAAGAAAGGAAACGUGAACUGUUUGUUCUUGGUGCCUUGCAGAGAGGCUCCCAGCGACUCUCCAUUCUAGCUUUCAUAUGGCUUGGAUGUGCAGCACAUCCAAGGCAACCACGGCUAUGGUCAAGCUUGGUGUAAAAAGACUGGUGAUACAUUGGUGCUUUGAUGAAAAGGUCUGUUGGCUGGUCCCUCUCUCAAAAAGCUUACUAAGCCUCCAAAGCCAACUUUGUAACAUAUUUAAAACUGCUAUUUUCGCUGAUUUCUGGGAUGUACAAAAAUGUAUAAAAAGAAUUUAGUGUGUGCUUCUAGAAUAAAAGGAGCCCAAGUUGAU